AUGAAAUUAACCGUAGUAGAUUUUAUAUAUUUUUUGAAACUCUCGUUAUUACUACGAGAAAUUUUUGCAUCUUCGCUUGAUGAUGAAGAAUGCAUCGAAAGUGAAGAGUCCGAUUAUACGGGAGAAAACUCUGUUGUAAAGAGGACUUCUAACAAGGAAUAUACAGAAACGGCGACCAGUAUUGUUUACAUAUAUUCACCACAAACUUCUUUCAACUCGCUGAUGGGGUUGGGACACCCGACUACAAUACUAAUUGCUUCAACGCAUAUUGAGGUUGUUACCAUCACCCCGGGAUUAGUUGAUUCUAAAGAAUCUUAUACAUCAGAACUCGGCAGUGCAGUUGCACAAACGAUACCCAAUGAAGUUUUGUCAAAAAUUACUACAAUUUGUUCUAGUUGUUCAACAUCAACGAAUAACAAUAAGAACACAGCAGAAUCCAUUUUAUCAAUUGAGUCCCAAUCUGACAAUUCGAAUUCCGCUGUCACAUUCCAUGGAAGCACGAUCGCUGCAUCGUCAGCUGGAAUUGCUUCGAGACAUUCAGAAGCUUCAAACUCCUCAAGCUAUAAUCCCGUAUCUACUAGACAGACUUCAUCAAUAAUUGACCAAAAUUCCUGUGGUACAGACACAUGUCUUUCUACCAAUUCCACUAGUACCACCACAAGAAACGUGCGUACCCUGUCAUCUGCCUCCCAAAAGUUGACCAACUCCCAAAGUAGUGAAACAGAAUCUUCCACCAAAGUCACAAACAUCAAAACUACCCAGAUCCAGUCUUCUUCGAAAUCUUCUGUUGGCACAACAUCGUAUCACUACUUUGAUUCUGCUGGCCACCAAAAAGUACUCAAUUUCCCUUUUUUUUUUGCAUUGCUUCUAAUUGAUUACACUUUUUUCUAA